AUGAGCGACUUUACUAGAGAACCCUUCCCAGAUAGAAUAUUUGAGGACCUUGGCGGAGCCUUUAGUAUGGGAUGUAUUGGUGGAUUUGUCACAAAUUUUUUCAAAGGUAUGAAGUACUCCUCAACCAAGAUGGAGAUGCUUUCGAGUGGCAUGCUUUUUGCCAGAAGAGCAGCUCCUUCACUCGGCACUAGUUUUGCUUUAUGGGGUGGAACGUUUUCUUGUUUUGAUUGUUUAAUGGCUAAAUUGAGAGGCAAAGAAGACCAUUGGAAUGCAAUUUUUUCAGGAACAGCAACUGGUGGUUUACUAGCCAUAAGAGGGGGUUUGAAAACAUCGUUAAAAAGCGCAAUGGUUGGAGGAAUACUUUUAACUAUUAUUGAAUCAGUUUCUAUUGGGAUUAACAGAAAGACAAUCCAGACACCAAGACAACAGUUUAAAGAAUACCAAAGGUUUGUUCAGAUGUCUGAAAAUCAAGACAAAAAAUCAAGAUCGGAAUUAAAACUUUCAGAGUUUAAGUAG